UGGCUAGGGCUACGAAAUUUGGUUGUUUGAUCAUGUCGGGAGGCGUGUGGCAUUUUUUAUUUUGCUGUCAAGAUCGCAAAAAGAAAGAUGCUCAGGAUGAAAUCACCGAAAAAACUCGGCAGAGCGCCGAAAGAAAACCGAGGUGUGGAGACACUAGCCUGGUUGAUGAUGGGUGUAUACGGACUCCCAAUGAUAAUGCUGGUAAUGCAACUGAAUGCAACGCUUUAGACUUGCAGCGAGAGGAACGUUACGAACAACAAAUUCGGGAGCUGCAAGAAAAACUGGAGUUUGCUGAAGUUAAAAACAAAGAACUGUCAAUGCACCUGGAUGAGCUGCGAGACUUGCUCAGCUCACCUGGCAUGGAGACCGACAAUAGCUCAAUAACUGUGGGCUCGGCAGAAAGAUGGGACAGUUGGACUUUCAGACAGCAGCUAGAAACUAUGGAAAAGGAGAAGCGGGAGCUUGAAGCAAAAGCCCAACUUGCAAAUGAGAGUGUAAAAAACCUGAAACAUGAAAUUGCUGUGUUGCAGAAACGGUUACAAUUAGCAGAAAAUCCUCCUCCUUUGUCAUCCCCUCCCCGGCCUCCAACACCGCCACUGCCACCACCUCCACCACCACCUACCUCACUCAACCCACUCCGGUCUUUAUUUUCUAUCAUACACAAGAAAAAAGAAACUAGUAACCCACCUGGUGAACAUUCAGAGCAAGGAAGUAUUCCUGUUGCUUCAGGUGGUGAAAGUUCAUCUUCCUCAUCCCCCCCUCCUCUUCCUGUAAUGAAUGAGAUGCUGCAGUUGAUAAGACAUGGUGUUUCACUAAAACCAGUAGUUCCACUGCAGAAAGAUUCUUUAACAGAGGAUACCUUGAGUAUUGGAAAAAGUGUGGACAUGAGUGUUGACACGAUUGAGCCAGAACUUGAUGGAAUUCUGAAAAGGCGGAAGCAAUGUGCAGAUCAUUAUAUCUCUGAUGGAUCACUGGAAUCUUUAGAGGUGGACCUAAUUACCGCCUCUGAGAAGAAUACAACGGGUGGCUUCACCUUACAAGGAAAUGCUUCCAAAGGUGAUCCUAGUUUUCCCUGCCAGCCUGCUGAUGCUACCGAGGAUAACACAGUCAAAACACCAAGUAAAAAUGAAGAGGACGAUUGCAGUGGCAGCUCUGGGGAUGAUGGUAGUACUGCAAGCACCCUUCCCUUGUCAGCUUCUCUUGACAACCAAGAAGAUGUAGAUGAGAUGCUGUCCAAAGAUGAAAUGCCAUGCAAAGAUCUCAGUUCUGUUGGGGGUAAUUUAAUGGGGAAUAUAAAUAUUGACCUACAGACCAAUGAUCAUGAUGUCCUUGGGGCCAUUCUGACUGAUCUCAUGACCACUUUAAAAAAUCAGGACUCUUUGGAGCUUCAAGAGGAAGGAGACACCAUUGUGCCAGAAGCUUCAAUUCCUGAAACACCCAGUGGUGCAGAUACAUUGUAUGCAAAACAAGAAUUUCUAACAAAAGAGAAAUUGAACGAGUUCAAGAAUAAUACAGAAUUUGAAGUUAAUCAUGAAAAUCUUAAUGACCAAUUGUCCAAGCCUCUUGAGCACGAUGAAGUCUUAUGCAGACUUAUCCAGGAAAACACCCAUCCUGUUUCUGCAGAUGUGACACUUCCAUUACAUCUUGAUAGCAGUAGUCCACUGGUCAUCACUUUGCCUGCUUCUACUUCAGUUCACAAGGGCAGUUUGCCAUUUUCAGGAAAUAUUGUUGGUGCCAGUACAGGAACUCUGGAACAGAGUUCUCUGCAGGGAAUAAACGAGCAAGAAAUGAGUGUGGAGACGCAGCCUUCAGAAGGUUAUAGUAUUCACUUGCAUCAAGGAGAUGGAAAUGUUUCAUUGCUAGAAUAUAGCAAAAAUCAUACAGUUGAUGAAAUCCCUUUGGUAAUUGAAGGUGAUGGAGUGCAUGGGGCUUCCAGUAUUCUGAAGAGUGACCAGUUCGUAAGUGACAUUGGACCAGAUCAACAUCAGGAAAUGGUCUGUGAAGAAAAUUCUUCCUUGUUGGUAGAUUCUGAACAAAAUUCUUCCUAUGGAAACCUUAAAGAUAAUAGUGAUAACUUAGAAACUUUUUUCUGAAACUGAUUCUUUAAUGAGUUUUAAUAUUUUAGUAGUGGUUGACUUUUGGGGUUGUACUGCACAAGGUGUCUUUUUAGAAAGGAGGCUGAUUAUUGUUUGAGGGUGGACUCUUGCAGGGGGAUUGGCAGAUGACUAAUGUAUGGUGGAAGCUGUCUGACACCAUUUAGAAUAAGAGGAUUUUCUUUUUUUGGAUUCUGCGACGUUUUGGAAACGCCCUAACUCACUUUGUGACACAAAAUUAGGGUCAUGCACUUCUAUUAAUGCAUGGAGAAUGUAGAAGGGGUAUUUUAACACCACUGUGUGAGUGCAGUGGCCCGAUACCUGUUUUGGUGUGUUUUUGAAUGUUUGUGUUUUUUUUUGCCAUUCCAGUAAUGGAGCAGUAUUUCCUUUAGAGUUACCCUUUUUUUUUUUUUUUUUUU